UGUUUUCUCAGGUACCAGCUCUUCACCACUUGAGUGAUUUACAAAAUUUCAGAUCAUAUCUUUGCUGAUCAUAUGAGAAGUAGACAUGGAGACAUUUUUGUCCGUGAUUCUGAGUGAUCUUGCCAGUAGAUCCAUAUCUUUGCUGAUCAACAAGUGCUCAAAGCCAACAUUACCAUCCGUGGAGGAGAGACUGCAACGACUGCUGCUCCGGGUUCGUAUCAUUGUGGAGGAGGCAGAGGGACGGCUUAUCACAAACCAAGCCAUGCUGCAGCAACUGAACAUGCUAAGGAAGGAGAUGUACAGAGGGUAUUACACCCUCGGCAACUUCAUAUGCCAUGGCCAUGAAGAAGACAAUGCCAAAGAUCAUGAGGUGAGUAACUAUUUUAAACCAUCCAAGUUAAAUCCUGCCAAGCGCAUCCGAUACUUGUGGGAUGGUGGCCAGACCUUGCAAGAUCAGCUGCAGCAAGUUCUUGGCAGACUACAAGUCACCCUCGAAGAUAUGCGCGAGUUUGUCAUAUUCUUGAACUUUUGUCCUCGUUUGUGCCGGCAGCCAUAUAGCAUGCACUUGCUUAUAGACAAGUGUUUGUUCGGUCGCCAAAUGGAGAUGGAGCACAUCAUGAACUUCCUGCUCAAAGAGGAUACUCCCGGUGCUGAAAAUCCAGGUGUCCUACCGAUCAUUGGCCCCGGGAAAGUUGGGAAGACCACCCUGAUUGCGCAUGCUUGUGAUGAUGAAAGGGUCCGUAAUCACUUCUCUCAAAUUGUGUGUUUCAGUGAGGAUGAUCUUGAAGAUGCAAGCAUGGAGACUCUUAGAGAUUCUGGUGUAAUCAAGCAUCAAAACAAUGCCACUGGUGGCAAAAUGAUAUUAAUCAUCAUCGAACUAACCAGAGACAUCGAUGAGGGUGUGUGGAGAAGGUUGUACUCAGUUUGCAAAUGUUGUGUUGCAAAUGGCAGUAAAAUUAUAGUCUCAAGCCGAUCUAAUAAGAUUGCGUGCUUUGGAACGACACAAGCUCUUCGAGUAAAGUUCUUUACUCAAGAAGCUUACUGGUACUUCUUCAAACUGCGCGCGUUUGGAAGCAUGGAUGCAGAGGAGCACCCAAAGCUGGAAUCAAUAGCGAUGGAGAUAGCAAGGGAAUGGAAUGGGUGCUUCAUGUCUUCAGGCAUCUACAAUGAACUUCUAAAAGCAAAUUUCAACACUCGGUUUUGGAGCACGGUUCUAACAAGAAUCAGAGAAUUCAGGAAGUUGAAUAUCUCACUCUAUGCAAAUUUUGAUGGUCCUUGGGAGGUGGUUGAAUCGGCAUAUGUUAGGAGGGUAAACGGAAUUUCCUCUGAAUAUAUUCUGAUUCUUCAUGAUUAUCAGACAUGUUCUGUUCCAAACAUGCUCCAUCGUUGUACAAACUCUGCUCAGAGUGAAGUUGAAGUUCCCCAGUUGAGUUUCGAAGAUUUUCAAUUUGGAAAUGUUAGGCCUCAAGGAAAAUUCAAGGUUCUCGGCUGGAGAUCUCACCUUCCACCUUACCACGACUACAUGUUCAGCUGUGAGGUACUGAAGUCGCAGCAUAUAGUUGCAAGAAAUAAGCGACCUCGGGAACUUUGCGGACGCGACUUCGGAUUGGGUGCCUGAUUUUUUAGCUAAAAAUCGGGCACCCGCCUCAUCCUCCGUCACUCUGUCAGCUAGCUGCUACAGAGACAUGGUGUAGCUGCAGCCUGUAAAGCCUACUAGAAAUUAACCAAGUCACUACUAGUACAUGCAUGCGUUUAGUAAAAAAGAAAAUAUGGUUAGUUGAGUUGGUAUAAGUUUUUUUUAGUAAUAUUUGAACUAUCCUUUUCUCUUAAAUAACUUCUUCAAUCUACAA